UUUCCUUUUUUUUUCCCUUCUUUUUUUCCUAACCCUAGCGUUGCUCCGAAACACCAGCUGGCAAGGUUGUGAGGUCCCGUCUGGCAGCUGAGGGCUCCCGCUCUUGCAGGGGACACGUUGGUUGCGUGAAGCGCGACUGAAAACUCAGCAUAAAACUCUUCGUCUUGGAAUCACCCUGUUUGUUUUCUCUUGGUGCUGUCUGACUAGCACAGAAAGUUGCUAUUCCGGUGAACGUUACCAUCAGAAAAAAAAAGCACCUAAUAUAGUUUGAGCUCUCAGCUCUUCAAAUUUGAUGGCUGAUAAAAGAAGGCCUCGUGUCUCUGUGAAUUAAAAGCAGUGCAUGGUUACGCUAUCUCAUUGACUCUUUCUCCUCAGUCCCUUCAGAAAUACUAUAGCAGUGGUCCACAAAGGUUUGGAUGCGUGUCAAUGAAAAAUUAGUCUCCUAUGGCACAUUUUGCAGGCUUUCUAGCUGCUGCGCUGGCCCUAAUAUUUUGUGCAGCACAGGUCCAGAAGAAACUUUGUAAGAGAAGUCUAAAGAGUUUAGAAAAAAAAAUUAACCUUGAGUACAGUCACUCAGAAGUUACUGACAGUUUGUUCCCACAAAUGCUUCUAUGCAGACAUACUAAACUAUUUGCUUUCUUCCAAAAAGUCAAUGAAGUGUUACAAAAUUUACUCAGUGUUCAGUAAUUUUGUUAUGAUAUUCCCAGUGCAGUAUUACUGUUUAUUUCUGUGUAAACAGAAUGGAAGGAAAAUUCGCUUUUCUUUACAAGCCAUAGAUGCAAAUCCUGCUGAGGAUGGGUUUCAUGUUUGCAACAUUGGGAGGUUUGGUUCUGAUGAAAAUCAUGUGUGUAUUUAGUUAUUUUAUGCACAGCAAAUCUCAGAUGACUGGGAUUACGUUCUUCCAGUUUAACAACGUUAUCCAUUUAGUAAGUGGAGAGAGAUGAGUCAGAGCAUAAUGCUAGAUCCCAGCUCUCACAAAUUUAACAAGGAAGGACUAUCUGAAUCUGACCUACCAUUCUGAAAUGACAAUCCUUAUUGAACCGAACAUGCAAUUAACAAUUUUCAUUCUCUUAAAAUUCUAAGUAUUAGAAUCAAAGUGGAGCAAAGAAUCUUGACAGUGUGACACUGAACACUUCAUUUGAGAAGCUAUUAAAUGUAGUUGUAAUUUUUACUGCUCUCACUUAAGAAGGUGCUGAAAUGGUGUAAAUUGCUUACAGAAUCAGGCCAUUUUUACUCUACAGUAAUGUAAGUGUGCCUGAGGGAAGUCUGGCGUUCUCUGAAAUUAAAAUCUGACUCAGCAGUCAUCUUAAUUUAUCUGCUGAUCGGGGAUGUAGUUUGUGCUAAAGGAAUGGAAGUCACAGUAGCUGUCAGGGCGGAUCUGGUUGACCUGUAUGGGAGAGAAUGAGCUAAUGGUAAAACACGUCACUGGUACUACCUGUGUUUACAGUGUGUCAUGUCUCUACACAGGCGACAGGACAAGCUGCUAAGUCAGCAAGGACGGUUGUCAUCUCCGGUGUUCCGGAUGGCCUUCUGAACAACGAUGUCAUGGCUGAUAUACUGGUGAUUCAUUUCCAAAUGGCGAAGAACAACGGUGGAGAUGUGGAAGAAGUAACAUAUCCGACAAUGAAAAAAGGAGUUGCAUAUAUAACUUUUGAAGAUCCAGAAGUUGUAGAGAAUGUUCUAAAGAAGGAUGAACAUCGACUAGAAGACAAGAGGCUGUCCAGAUACUAUCCUCUGAAAGUAACCCGUUACUGUGAAAAUGUCUUCGGCUCUGUCACAUCUGUCCUCAAUAUGUCUAUUUUCAAAGAUCAAUUUGUUCUAGAAGAUCUGAUACAAGAACUUAAAAAGAACAUCACAGCUUUGAGCUUUGGUCAUUUGCAGUCCAAUGGGCAUAUUUUUGUUCAAGGGCCAUUUCCAGCAAUCAAAUUGCUAAAGGACUUUCUCUUAUUAAAAGCAAAAUCCCUUUCAGAGAAGGACAAAAGUCAAGAAAAUAAGCCCCAUCAGAGACCAAAGAGGAGGCUCCAGCAACAAAGACUUUCCAUGGAGACAAGUAAUUUCACUCCUGAUCCAGCUGGAGAAAAACAGGUGGUUGUUCUUGACACAGAUGUAUACCACUACAUGAAAUACUUUUUUUUAAAGAAAUUCCUAGUAAAUUAUGAUGUUGUAAUUUCUGACAUCACUGAUGGUGAGAUAACUACAGUAUAUCUUGAGAAUGCCAGAAGUAGGUCUGGCGCUAGACAGGUUUUAAGAGUCAAAGAGGAAAUUGAAAAUCAGUCUAUAAAACUUCAUAACAGUUUACGUAAGGAAAGGAUCUAUCUUGAGGGGCACACCGGAGAUGAAAAGCAGAAAUAUAAACAGGCGUGUGAAACUGUAAAAUCCCAUUAUCCAUGUGUUUUGGUUAUUCCUUAUGAUACUCACAUUGAUAUUAUAGGAAAUUCUUCUGAGAUUUUUGAAUUCACAAAGGAAGUAAGCAGAAAGAUUCAAAGCCAAAACAUUCAGCUAGAAAGAUCAUGUUCACGUGGCUGCUGCAAGUAAAACAGGUCAUCUCUGAUUCCCAGUGAAGGACAGCAGGGCGAUCGGGAAGCCCUGUUACUCGGACCUCUAGAUAAGGAUGUUUUCAGUUCUGUAACAUUUCUCAUAGGAUUUCAGAGCGCUUGACUGAACAAGAACCAAGCUUGUUCACUCCAGAUAUUUGCCAUGGGCAGUUUCUUAUUCCAAAUAAAAACAGCAUUGUACCUUUAGCCUUUCUUUACACAUUGUGCUUCUAAUACAGACUGUACUGGUAUAAGCUGUGCGCCCUGUAUCACCGCAGAUCUCAUUUCUCCCAGUGGAAGUCUGCACGUUAGGGUAAAAAAUUCACAUCUCCCCCAAAUAUCAAAUUAAAUUCAGAACAGGAAGCAAAUCAUCUUUGUGUCUCUAGGGACAUGAUGAGAAAAGAGGACUAUUUAAAGAGUUAUCAUUAGCAUAGGAAGUCAGACCGACAAAGCUGGAUAAGCCAACCCAAUACGAAAUACUACAUCAGUGUCUUUGUGCAAGGAGAUGACCACUGGAAAUAGAAACAGCGGCCUUUUUUUUGUUGCCUUUAUCUGCAGAAGAAAGUCCUUGUCACUGAGACACACGAAGAAGGUAGAGCUUUGACGCUUGAGGAGAGGAAACACAUACUGAUUUUACAGGCGUCUCACGUCCUGAGGAAGACCUUAAAAGUUGGCCCUAGAAGUUCUUGACACAAGAAAAUGAUAAGUGAGUGUGUUUUCGCAGGAGUGGUACAGUUUUUUUCACUGACAGCAGUAAUAGUACCUGCAGUGACCCUUGGCAGUAUGUUAUUUAAACAUGGGAGUAUAUCCAAAGUUUUGAUGUGAAAAUCUUGGGGCACUUAGACUUUGAAUCAGGUUUUGCUUUUACAGUUCUUAUGCCCAAUACAGUGAUGGAGAGUCCAAGUCAUCUUCAGUUAUAGAUACUCUGAACAGGAGCUUUUUUUUUUUUUUUUUCCUCUGUAUGAAACUAAUAAUAAUUGAGGACAGAAAUGCCCUUCUGCCUUACUAAUACUUUCCAGUUAUGUUUUCGAGACCAGUAUUAGAGGUUUCAAAUAUGGAGUGUCUGCCACCUUUGUAAGAACUUCACAAUCUAAUGAAGAGUUAGUUAAUAGUAGUUACUUUCUAGGCUGAAUGCCUUGGAGCACUGAAUUUCCCUUUUGCAAGGUACUAUACAACGCACAGAGAUAAUUAGAUUUUGGCAGGUCUCACUGUGUGUGUGUGUGUGUGUGUAGUUAAAAAACCCAUCCUUAUACAUCUUAUUUUGGCUUGACAAAGCUUUCAGAAUGGUAUCCAUCUGUCCGUCUUGCCCUUCUCUUUCAUUUCUGGGGUUAAACAACUAUUGUUAAACAUGAAUGCUCUUUACAGAAUUUCACCUCUCUCAUUAAAAUUAGGGACCAAGCCAGUCCACAGUAGCACAGCCUAGUAUUUUUAAAAAAAAAAAAGUUUAACUUUUUCUGCUUUCUUUGUAGGGCUCCAAAUGUCCCCCUAAUUUAGGCUUGUAAGAACUCUUUUUCUAAAUUAGUUCUUGGUUUUGUGACAUGAGAACGAUCAGAAUACUUUGUCAAAACAUACAGAACACUUGCUCUUUUGUCUUAUGUGCAGGCAAAGCUUUUAUAUUUUUAAGGCAUUAAAGAAAAGAGUUGUUCACAA